UUCCCCGCCGGUCUGCCCCCGGCUAGAGAAGUCGGAGCCCUGGUGUCCGACCCAGUCGCCAGGCGCCAGAGCCGGCUCCGCAGCGCGCCAUGGCUUGGUACAUCUACCAGCUGCCCUCCUGGGUGCUGGACGACCUGUGCCGCAACAUGGACACGCUCAGCGAGUGGGACUGGAUGGAGUUCGCCUCCUACGUGAUCACAGACCUGACCCAGCUGCGGAAGAUCAAGUCCAUGGAGCGGGUGCAGGGCGUGAGCAUCACGAGGGAGCUGCUGUGGUGGUGGGGAAUGCGGCAGGCCACAGUCCAGCAGCUCCUGGACCUCCUGUGCCGCCUGGAGCUCUACAGGGCUGCCCAGAUCAUCCUAAACUGGAAACCGGCUCCUGAAAUCAAGUGUCCCGUUCCAGCCUUCCCAGACUCUGUGAAUCCAGACAGGCCUUUGGCAGCUUCUGUAAGCAAGGCUGAGGAUGAACAGGAAGAGGGGCAGCCUGUGAAGAAAGACACCUUUCCGGGCCCAGGGUCCUCUCCAGCCAGAGCCUACCCGCAGGCCUUUCUCCAACCUCCUGAAGAAGAUGCUCCUCAUUCCUUAAGAACCAACCUCCUCACUUCAUCUGAUUCACAGGACUUCAGCACCUCCGUUCCUAAACAGGAAAAACUUUUGAGCUUGGCUGGAGAUAGCCUCUUCUGGAGUGAGGCAGACGUGGUCCAGGCAACUGAUGACUUCAAUCAAAACCACAAAAUCAGCCAGGGGAACUUUGCCGAUGUCUACAGAGGGCACAGGCACGGGACACCACUCGCCUUCAAGAAGCUCAGAGAGACAGCCUGCUCAAGGCCAGGAUCAAUUGAAAGAUUCUUCCAGGCAGAGCUGCAAAUUUGUCUUAGAUGCUGCCACCCCAAUGUGUUACCCGUGCUGGGCUUCUGUGCUGCAAGACAGUUUCACAGCUUCAUCUACCCCUACAUGGCAAAUGGUUCCUUACAGGACAGACUGCAGGGCCAGGGUGGUUCUGACCCCCUCCCCUGGCCCCAGCGUGUCAGCAUCUGCUCGGGGCUGCUUUGUGCUGUUGAGUACCUGCAUAGCCUGGAGAUCAUCCACAGCAACGUCAAGAGCUCUAAUGUCUUGCUGGACCAAAAUCUCACCCCCAAGCUUGCUCACCCAAUGGCUCACCUGUGUCCUGUCAACAAAAGGUCAAAAUACACCAUGAUGAAGACCCACCUGUUCCAGGCAUCAGCCGCGUAUCUGCCAGAGGAUUUCAUCCGGGUGGGGCAGCUCACGAAGCGAGUGGACAUCUUCAGCUGUGGAAUAGUGUUGGCUGAGGUCCUCACAGGCAUCCCUGCGAUGGAUAACAACCGAAGACCAGUUUACCUGAAGGAUUUACUCCUCAGUGAAAUUCCAAGCAGCACCACCUCGCUUUGGUCCAGGGAGACGGACGUGAAGAAGGUGAUGGCAAAGGAGAUCUGCCAGAAAUACCUGGAGAAGGGUGCGGGAAGGCUGCCCGAGGACUGCGCCGAGGCCCUGGCUAUGGCCGCCUGCCUGUGCCUGCGGAGGCGCAACGCCAGCCUGCAGGAGGUGCGUGGCUCUGUAGCUGCUGUUGAAGAGCGGCUCCGAGGUCAGGAGACCUUGCUCCAUUGGAGUGGGCUUUCUGAGGCUACAGGCUCUUCUUCCAACACCCCAGAGGAAACAGACGAUGUGGACAAUUCCAGCCUUGAUGCCUCCUCCGUGAGUGUGGCACCCUGGGCCGGGGCUGCUGCCCCACUUCUCCCCAUGCAGAAUGGGGAAGGAAGGCUGCGGGCCAUCGUGGGAAGGGAGGCCGACUCCUCCUCUGAGGCCUGUGUUGGCCCAGAACCUCCCCAGGAUGCAUCAGCUACAGAGGCUUCGUGGCAAAUUGAAAUCAAUGAGGCCAAAAGGAAACUGAUGGAGAAUAUUCUGCUCUACAAAGAGGAGAAACUGGACAGCGUUGAGCUCUUUGGCCCCUGAUGACUGGAUCACAGCUGAGGACCCUUGUCCUUAGUAGGAAAGAUGAGCAUCAGAUCAAGAGAAAGGUCUGAGGCGGAAUCCAAGACCUGCCUGGAAAUAUGCAACAAAACCUCAGCUCUCCUGGGUGGGAGGGAAACUUCAUUUCACUGGAAUGAGCUGGGAGAGAAGGGCCCUCAGCUUUUAGAGACACAAAAAUCCAUGAAGCCUCUUCCUUUCUGGGCUUUGUUAGCUAAUGCAGGAGGAGGAGACUGAAGUGGAAAUCCUGUACAUGGGCCCAGGAUGUGGGUGAUUUUGUGGUUCCAGGGACUGUGUGAUGAUAACCACCCCUGCAGAUUCCAUUACCUCAGCAGCUCCUGUCCCCCCACCACUGGCGGAGCAUUCUGCAAUGCCAUAGCAUUUUCUGGAGCUAAGAUCUCUAGGUGGUAUUUGCUGACAGCCUGCAAGCUUUCAUGCUCUGAAAGUCUUUUUUCAGUUUUUAUGUUUAUUUUUUUGUAGAGAU